ACCUAAUUUCGUGGAGGCUCACCCGAGGUGCACACACCCUCUUGUGCCGAUACCUCUCCCUACUUGCGCAGGCUCGGGAGGCCCAUGCAGCCUUACUAUUUGAGUCCCUGUUGUCUCAUUGGCGGCUUUCUGAGCAGCUGCAAACUAUGUUUCUAACUUUAAGUGCAAGUUGGGGUCAGCGGCCAGGGCUUUUUCAGCUCUGCCAUCUCGAGUCAUAGCGACUCCGGAACUGCUCCGUUGCCUAGCACCACAGCCCGCUCGUCUUUUCUCGCGCUUCAUCAGUUCCAGUCGCCUUGGGGCGACAGAGACCCGACACGCGAGCGAGAGGUGCCCGCGCCAACUUGGGCGACGCCGCUCGCUGGGGCGGACCAUGCUGCGCGGCAAGUCCCGGCUCAACGUGGAGUUGCUGGGCUACUCGCCCGGCCUACUCCUCGAGCACAGGCCGCCCCCGGCAGGCCGCACGCUACGAAGCCCCCGCCGAACUGAAGGUUCAUUAGCAUCUACCCUGAAGACGCUCCUGUUCUUCACAGCUUUAAUGAUCACUGUUCCUAUCGGGUUAUACUUCACAACCAAAUCAUACAUAUUUGAAGGUGUCCUGGGGAUGUCCAAUAGAGAUAGCUACUUCUAUGCCGCUAUUGUCGCGGUGGUCGCGGUGCACGUGGUGCUGGCUCUCUUUGUGUACGUGGCCUGGAACGAAGGCUCACGGCAGUGGCGUGAAGGCAAGCAGGAUUAAGGCAGCACUUUCUCAUAGCAUUAACCUCAUUGUUUAUAUAGCAAAUGUUAUGGGAGCAUUGGUGAACUUCAAUAAAAUUGUCAGAACACAUGAAAGUCAGUCUUAAAGAGUCACAUUUGGCUACUAUAAAUCUUGAUCCUUCUAAUACAGUGAUUUGUACAAGUGAUUUUAACUGUAUACGUCUCAUUUUCAAAUGAGAAUUUGGAAAAGCUAAUUCCAAAUUAGGAGGUUUAAUUGGUUUCGUAUUAUCUCACAAAAGAAUUUGGCAUCUUACAAAGAAAAUGUUUUGUAAUGUUUUGUCUUACAGUGCUUUGGAGUUUUACUUCUGGAUAUGUUGUGAUGUGUACAGUGAAGCAAACCCUAACUUACUUUCUCCAACUGGAACACUUGCCCUAGCAAUCAGGAAAAUACCUGGUGUUUGGGUUUGGGAUUUUUGUUUCUUAUUGAAAAUUGCGCAAACUGUGGACACUAGAAUGAACCUAAAUCCUGCAGGGAAAUUUUUUUUAAGAUUUAUUUUAUUUUUAUUGGAAAGGCGGAUAUACAGAGAGGAGAGACAGAGAGGAAGAUCUUCCAGCCAAUGGUUCACUCCCCAAGUAACCG